CGUAUAUCAGACACGUUGCAGGUACGUGCAAUCUCGCGGUAUCUUCUCCUCACGGCGAUGCGUCGUUAUCAUCGGAAGCGUGGCUACCGUGUCGAGUAUGCGAGCAAAGUCGAUCGCGACCGACUCGAGGAGAGCCGAUCGUCGUCGGAAUAUCUAGAAACAAGAGUGUAACGAAGGAUAACAAGUUGAAAGGAGACAAUAAUAAUAUGCGAGGCAGCCGAAAACGAAGGGAAGACAACAGACUGUCGAAUCUUUACGUCGAAAGGCAACGGUCUUUUGUCUGCGUUUCAUGACGUCCACGGAGGUGUCACGGUGAACAGAAAGAAUCGGAAGCGAGGAAAAAGAAGUCACGUACGCAGCGAUCACGACGAAGAAUCGUUUUUUAACGACCGAUCAUCCGGCCCAUCCAUCGCGAGAAGAAGAGAUUCGCCGGAGCCCCAGCCACCUCCACGACGAGAUUCCCAGCCGAGAUCGUUCUUUAUUUGACAUUAGAACCACGUGACUCAAGAUCAAGCACGCAGGCGCAGAUCAUCGAGCGGGCAGUUUAGUGGCAAUCUCGCACGUGUGUUCAAAUGAAACUAGCUGCGUUCCAGUAGUUUCCAGUGCCGACGAAGGAUUUUCAGUGCUGUCGUCCAUUACAAUUGUCGAAUUAAAAAAAUCGGUGAGAAAAAAGGACUGCAGAGAUACGUAAAUCGAUUAUUAAUUUAACAAGAUGGUAUCAUCAACAAUAGUGGAAAAUGGAAAAUCCAACACACCAAAGAAACCUUCUGCCGUGGGUAUUGAUCCAGGCAAUUAUCGUUUAGUUGGUUGGGAUAUGGAUACAACAGGCAAGAAAGUUAUAGAUGAAAUAUGCCAAAUAGCUGGAUAUACACCUAGUUCCUUGUAUUCUCAAUAUGUAAUGCCAUAUAAAGAUCUUAAUCCUCCAGCUAUGAAAAGACAUAACAUGAAAAUUGUAACUAUUGGCAAAUUUCGUGUACUUAAAGAUAAUAAAACUAAUAAGGCAUUAAAAACUAAAAGUGAAGUGUCUGCAUUAACAGACUUUCUAACUUGGUUGUCAGAUAUGAGUGGAGAUGCAACAGAUGGUAUAAUAUUAGUGUAUCAUGAACCACGUAAAGUUAUUCCUGCCAUGUUAAUUGAAUCCUUAAAAAAAUAUAAUCUUCUGGAAAGAUUUAAGCAAAUUGUUAAAGGAUUUGCAAAUGGAUUUAACAUUGCUGAAGUAAAAUGUGCAAACACAGUUCGUGCAUUUUCUCUUAGAACGUUAUCUCAAACUUUAUUUAACCAGGAAGUACAAUUAGAUAAUGCAAAAGAGAGAGCAUGCCUGGCUUUACAAAUAGUACAACACUUGAGUUUAUUAGAAAUUACAAAUGGAAACGAAGCAAAUGGUAGCGGUGAUAGUGAUAGUUCUAUGAAAAGUACUGUUGAGUUUAUUAGGGAAUUUGUUCAACCAGUAGAAAUAGAAGAACAAGAAUAUGCAGAACUGAAAGUAAUAUUUGAACGUCAAAAUAGUUUAAGACCUAUUUUUGGAUUUCUCUAUCGUGUAAAUCGUCGAGAACGUCAACAGGUUAGUCCUUUACGACGAUUAUUAGCUGAAGCAGGAAUAGAAUAUACCCAGUUGCAGGAUGCAUGGAGUAACGGAAAAAAAGAAGGUUUAGAGAAGUUAAUUAAAGAAAAAUUAACUGCAGCUGAAGAGAAAAAAGUCGAAGAUUUACUAAGUGUGCUUGAAAGUCACUUCGACCCCGAUAAAGAACCUAAAUUAAGAAUAUCGGUAGACAGAAACCAAAUAAAAAUGGAAAAUUCUAAUAUCAAUGACGAUAAAGAAAAUAACAAUAAGUGUGAUUCGGGUACAGAAAGUCCGGAUACCACUACUUCUAAUUCACCACUUAAAAUAAAAUCCGAAUGUUCUGAGAAUAGUACAAUUAUAGCAGAGGAAUAAGAGCUCUCGGUUCUUAUUUUCAGUGCCUUUUAACUAGGAUUAUAAGAUUUUAAUUAUAAGAUCAAUAUUGUUAUCAGUAACUGAGUUUAUAACCAUUCCGUUAAUUCUUAUCGUAACGUUACUCUAGUGUGAUAAAGUAUGAGUGUUAUUUGUUGCAGUAUUGUAUUUAAGUUUUUA